UAGGCACUCGCUGCCCACCCGGGCACGGAGGCUGGGGGGCACGGCUGCCCACCCUCUGAUGGUGAUGGUGGGCAGCAGGGAAGUCAGUCAGUGAGGUGCUGCCGUGACGUUCGGACGUACGCUCCACUCAGCUCUUCCAACAUUCCAUGCGUGCUAAGAUGGGAGGCCAGACCAACGGUACUUGGACCCCGACCAAACGUCGAGGACCCAUCGCUGCUGAGUUCUCCAGUCCUGGACCAGCUGCCAUAGCUCUCAAGUCUUCCAUCGGUUCAGGCGGAGCGACAAGGAGCCGUCCACCAGCGUUCACUAUGGGCAGUCGUCAUGAACCAAAGUUAGAUAAAGCUGGCCCAGGACCUGGCCAGUAUAACGUGACUGGUCUCUCCAAUAAGGGUAAGGACGAACCAGUAGCGGCCUCCAUGCACAUCAAACCUAAGGACCCAAAGAUGUAUGUCACUCCGGCACCGUGUGACUAUUCUCCGGACAAAGCUGAAGCCAAAGUGAGCGAGGGUUCUCCAAGCUUCUCCUUCGGCGUCAAGACUGAAGACGGUAAACCUUCGGACGCUCCGGCUCCAAACAGCUACAACAUCCCGUCCUUGCUGGGCUCCACCAAGGAGGGCUCCAAGCACUCAGCUCCAAGCUUCAGCAUGUCUUCCCGCCCUCCUCCUGAGGAAGACAAGAUGAAGGUGCCAGGUCCUGGUUCUUAUAAUGAAUCCACAGUAGACAAGUAUAAGACUAUCAAGAGUCCCAGCUUCAGCAUGGGUCAGCGUACUACCAUUCCCUCGGAUCAUACCAUGAAGCCUGGACCGGGAGCACACUGCCCUGAAAAGUAUCAGCCCUCCGGUCCCAAGUUCACCAUGGCUCCCAGACCUGCUGACGAAGUGGACAAAAUGAACAUCCCAGGCCCAGGCACUUACAACUCUGGUGAUCUUGAUAAGUGCAGAGAGAAAACGCCAGCCUUUACUAUGUCCCCAAAGACCAGCUUGCCCACCGAUAACGGUCCAAAGCCUGCGCCAAAUGCUUACUCUCCAGAGAAGUAUCAGCCCUCCGGUCCCAAGUUCACCAUGGCUCCCAGACCUGCUGACGAAGUGGACAAAAUGAACAUCCCAGGCCCAGGCACUUACAACUCUGGUGAUCUUGAUAAGUGCAAAGAGAAAACGCCAGCCUUUACUAUGUCCCCAAAGACCAGCUUGCCCACCGAUAACAGUCCAAAGCCUGCGCCAAAUGCUUACUCUCCAGAGAAGUAUGUGCCAUCGGGACCCAGAUUCACCAUGGCGCCCCGGGCUCCUGAAGAGACAGACAAGAUGAAUGUGCCCGGCCCAGGCACCUAUGAAGCUGGCGACCUGGACAAGAGUAGGGUCAGUUUACCAGCAUUUACUAUGGCACCCAAAACCACCUUACCGACAGACCGUACUCAAAAACCAGCACCCAAUGCUUAUUCACCAGAAAAGUCAGAGUCGUCGGAGACCGCCACUACCCCGCAAUUCAGCUUUGGCAUCAAGCACUCACAAUACCUGGGCAAACUCCGUGACCAGUAACCCUGACCUGGCUGCCUCCACCUUCCUCCUGUCUCCUACCACUGAACGGUUCCACCUGUUAAAGAAAAAAAACACCAUGUCAACUGAAAGUCAACAAAUUAGAAGAUUCAGCAUUUGUUUAUCAUGAGACUUCAUUUCCUGUUUGGAGUCAGUCUAAAGAAAUUGCAGUCAUCUAUUAAAUUUUUGCUACGAGUCCCAAUUAAUGAGUUAUCUUUAAAUAAUAUAUGAAACCAAUAGUGCGUUCUGACGAGGGGAAAAAAACAUCUUGUGUCAAAAUAGUGUGUAUAAGAGUUUUAUGUAAUUGAUGCCAACUUCAAUAGAUAUUCCACCACAGUGUUCUAAUAUUAAGACAGAAAAAAGGUGCUAAUGAUAAUUUAUACAACUUGAAGUAUACUUGAUGUUUACAAUACUAGCCAUUGAAAUAUGGCCUCCCUAACACUACAUUAUAUAUGUUCUUCAGAUAGAUGAGAUCACCAUACUCCAGCAUUUUUGAAGAAUUUAGAUCAUAUAAAUAUUAUCUUUUUCUGUUUUAUUAUUGCAUACACCAUGGAAUAUUAUAAUUUACUUCAUAUGCAUGAAUGAAUAUCAAAGGUGUUUACAUUGGGCUCGAUCUUGUAAGCUAUUUCGAACCCUGGUUUUGUAUGACCCAGUAUGAGUGAGCACCCCGCCAGGUCAACAGUGUCCCAGCCAGCCUCUCACAACUCACCCAUCACACAAGGUAUCACACCAAACUGAUCAUUUACUUAGAAAUACCUAAUACUGUGCAACAGCUCAUAUUAAAAUGUUUUGUUGUAAUCUUUAAGAGAAUACUUUACAGUGAGUAAAUGUUUAGAUAACUGCUAUUGAUUAUCUGAAGUUUUGAGGCUUACUAACCACAUGGUCACUGUGCACCUCAGCUCAACUGGUAUUAAGAUAAUACUCAAGUACAUCUCAUGAUCAUUCAUGAAUAUAUAUAUAUAUAUAUAUAUAUUAUAAUAUAUAUUUAUAUAUAUAUAUAUAUAUAUAUAUAUAUAUAUAUAUAUAUAUAUAUAUAUUAUACGCAUUGGUUUGUUCCUAAACACAAGUUUCUUUCAAAUAUAACAUCGUAUUUAUAAAGUUCAGUCUCUAAGUUAGUCAUUCACUCAGCCCCUUUAUAUUAAGGGUUUGUAAUACAGUACAUUUCAGGAUAUGAAUACAAAAUACGUUCACAUAUUUCUUGAUGUGGUGUCACAUUACAGACAUGUCUUGCUUCGUCAGCACCUGGCUUCUCACCCAACUACACUGUUAUACCUAAUAACAGUAUUUUGAUUCAUAUCUGAAAUCUGUUGUUAACCGUUUGUAUGUAUGUUGCAACGGGCUUCUCUAACUGGACCACAAUAUUUGUUUUUAUCUGUGACUGCUUUAAAAAUUUUUGCGAUGCACUGGCUUGAUUUUUAACUGACACAUAACCUAGAUCACGGAAUUUUUCCCCUCCUUGAUCAACCCCGUAUAUUUUGGUUUAAUGAUAGACAUUUGCCAUUAUUAUUACACACACACACACACACACACACACACACAUAUAUAUAUAUAUAUAUAUAUAAUAUAUAUAUAUAUAUAUAUAUAUAUAUAUAUAUAUAUAUAUAUAUAUAUAUAUAUAUAUAUAUAUAUAUAUAUAAGAAAAUGUUUUAGAAAGGUUACACAAUUUAAAUAUUAUUAGAUCAUACAGAAAAUAUUUCAGUUUAUAUGUAAUAAGUCAGCCUGGUCCUGAGCAUGGAUUAAUUUAUACACAUAAGAAUAUAUCAGCAUUAACAUUCAUGCAUGUUAUAAUGUAUAUAAAGCAACAGAAAAUUAAGACUUAUUUAUUUCAAUACUCUGAGUGGGACACAAUUCUUAAGACACUUGUCCACCAUAUAUUAAGAUAGUUUUAUUAUUUGUAUAUAUUAUAAUCAGCUUUAAAAAAAUGUGCCAGAAUAAUGAUAAAUAAUAAUUUUUAUGUAACAAUAUAAAUCACUUGUAUUACAGAUUGUAUUAGCAAAACAUAUUAAAUAAUAUGCAGAAUAAUUAUUAAAUCUACUUACGUAAAUUGGAUAAUUUUGAGUGUUAUUCAUGUAUCAUCAUGGCUACUCUUGAGUUGGACUAAUGUAGAGUGUAAACUGCUCAAAUAGGUGGUAGAGUGCCAACCUGGAGCACCAUCAGUGUUCAUGUGGCCCCCUAGCUGUGUACCUAAGCAAACAAGGCGUUUGAAUAACUGCAUCUGCUGUUAAUUACCAUAAAAGUGAUAUCAAUACGAGUCGCCAUGUUGGCAUGUUCAUCCCACCUCAUGACACAGCAUUCCAUCGGAUUAUUACCCUUUUUUUCAAAAUUCAUUUUUUCUUUUUACACUUACGGCGCUCUGUCCAGGUCCCUAUUUCACACCUGCUUCCAUAUUCCGUCGCAAUGAUCAUUUGUGUACAUUAUUAUUAAAUUUAAACGUAACAUUAUUUAAAAAUUAUAUUUGUAAAAAAAAAAAAAGCUUUUAAUGCAAGAAAAUAAGAGAGAACAAGAAGGGCUUCUCAAAGGUGAAUUUUGUGACUAACUUUUAUGAUAAUUUGUGUUUGUUACGAAUGUUGCUGCAUGUGGAAAAAAAAAGAAAAAACUUUAUAUAUUACUCAGCAAAAUGGAUAUAAAUGUUAUGUUGGGAGCAGCAGGUUAAUGAAGGAAAGAGAAGAGUAGAGAACACACCUCUACCAGGACCACCUUCACUCUCUGUUGAACUUUAUCAAGUCACUGAUACAAUGUUCAGCCAGUGAUAAGUCAGUGAUAAUGUUAAAUCAGUGAUAAGUCAAUGAUAAUGAAUGUUAAAUCAGUGAUAAAUCAAUGAUAAUGAAUAUUAAAUCUAAUAAGUCAAUGAUACUGAAUAUUAAAUCUAAUAAGUCAAUGAUAAUGAAUAUUAAAUCAAUGAUAAGACAAUUGACGUCUCACUGACACCUGUAGAGCUUUGUUCUACACCUGUAGAGCUUUGUUCUACACCUGUAGAGCUUUGUUCUACAUCUGCAGAACUUUGUUCUACAUCUGCAGAACUUUGUUCUACACCUGUAGAGCUUUGUUCUACACCUGUAGAGCUUUGUUCUACACCUGUAGAGCUUUGUUCUACACAUGUAGAGCUUUGUUCUACACCUGUAGAGCUUUGUUCUACACAUGUAGAGCUUUGUUCUACACCUGUAGAGCUUUGUUCUACACCUGUAGAGCUUUGUUCUACACCUGUAGAUCUUGUUCUACACCUGUCUUUCCUCCAUUACCCAACAAAUGUUCACAAAUAUUCUCUUUGUACUAUUUUUUAUGCUGAUGAUUACAGUUGCACUAUAAUGCUGCAGGUUGAUUACGAUGCAUCGUUGAUUCAUGUUAUAUUUACUUCAAGCAUAAAUAUUGCAGCUUCCAUCAUGUCAGAGCACGAGGCACAAGUUCAUCAGUAAAGUUAUUUUCAUCUA